AUGUGGAUUGAUAUGAAAUUUCGAGAAAUAAUUAAUAAAUAUUUGGUGGUCUUUCUUUGGUGUUGGUGGUUGAAAUUCAUUCUUGAAGCUAAGGGUGAAUGUGAUUCACAAAUAUAUUGUUCAGGAUCACUUCUUAAAAAAAUACAAUUAUCAGGAAUAUAUAAUGAUUCAAAAACUUUCGUGGACAAGCCUACAAUAAAACCAUUAGAUGAAGUUUUAGCUGCUGCAUCACUUCUUCCCGAAAAUAGCACAAACGACGAAUUACAAAAUUUCUUAUCAACUUAUUUUGGACCAGAAGGUCAAGAAUUAAUUCUUGUCAAUAUCACCAAUUUUAAUUCAACUCCAUCAUUUCUCCAAAAAAUCAAAUCCCCAUUACUUCAAGAAUUUGCUAAACGCGUUCAUAAUUAUUGGCCAAAUUUAACACGUGAAGUUAAUCAAAGUUUUAUGUGUGAAGGAUGCGUCUCAAGCUUUAUAGCGUUAAAUAGAACUUUCGUCAUUCCCGGUGGCAGAUUUAGAGAGAUUUAUUAUUGGGAUAGUUAUUUCAUUAUUGAAGGAUUGUUGGUUAGUGAAUUGUAUGAUAUUGCGAAAAAUGUGAUAUUAAAUCUUUUGGAUUUAGUUGAAAUUUAUGGUUUUGUUCCAAAUGGUUCAAGAAUUUAUUACCUUAAUCGAUCACAACCACCUUUACUCGUCCAAAUGGUAAAAAUUUAUUAUCAAGCCACCAAUGACACAACCUUACUUUACGAUGCAUUCCCAAUAUUAAUUAAAGAAUAUAAUUUUUGGCGUCAGAAUAAUUCAAUUCGUAUCAUUUCUCCAAAAUCCAAAAAACUUUAUACAUUAAAUCGUUACAUAGUGAAUAAUAAUGCACCACGUCCAGAAAGUUAUCUUGAUGAUUUUAAUACAGUAGAACUUAAUAAUACAUUAAAUUCUACCGCAAGGGAAGAAUUAUAUGCAGAUAUAGCGACGACAGCAGAAUCUGGAUGGGAUUUUUCAUCAAGAUGGGUUAAAGAACCAUUCAAGAAUUCAUCAACAAAUGAUAAUAAUUAUGAAAUUCUUCGAACAUUAAAUGCUGAUGUUAUAAUACCAAUAGAUUUAAAUUCUAUUUUAUAUAUGAAUGAAAUUACUUUAUCAGAAUUUUCUGAGAAAGUUGGUGAAGAAAAGAUGAUUGAUACAUUUAAGAAUGCUGCCAAGAAGAGAUUAGAAGGAAUUACGGAUUUAUUUUGGGAUGAAGAAUUAGAAUUGUUCAUGGAUUAUAAUAUUUCAAGUGAAAGUAGAUCCGAAGUGUUUUCAUUAGCUUCAUAUUUUCCAUUUUGGGCUGAAUCUCUGCCUAAAGAUUUUAUCACCAAUUCUACAACAAUUCUUGACACAUUUUCAUACAUCACCGAUCUUUUAUCAAAAUAUCCGGGAUCCCCACCAACCACACUUAUUAAUUCGGGUUUACAAUGGGACUUUCCAAAUAGUUGGCCACCAUUGAAUUAUGUUUUAAUUAAAGGUUUAAUAAAUUUUCAUCAUCGUGAUGAUAAUGAUAGUGAAAGUGAAAUUAAAGAAUUUAUCAUGAAUUCGACAAAAAAUUUAAGUCAACGAUACGUAGAUUCAGUACUUUGUGCUUGGUAUUCAACUGGUGGAUCAAUACCUGGGUAUUUGAAUAAAUUAUCAGGAGUUGAAGAUACUGGUCAUAUUUUUGAAAAAUAUAGUACACUUGAACUUAGUUUACCAGGUGGCGGUGGAGUAGGAUUUGGAUGGACGAAUGGAGUCUUAUUAUGGAUUUUUUCAAAUUUUGGAGAUAUAUUAGAAGAACCAGAAUGCUUAUCUGAUCUGACAUAA